GUGCUGGUCGAGCGGCUGGGUCAGUCUGACCAGCGGUGGUACAUUGACGGGGUGGCGCAGCCCAGCAGCUCCGUGUGCGAAGGCCCCGGCGGUUGCCUCCUCGAGCUCCGCCGCUGCCGCAGCACCCAGGCGUGGCAGCUGCUGGUCAACGGCAUGAUCGUGGAGGACUACUGCGAGGGCCGGCGCGCGACUGGGGACCCGACCCUGCGCGGCCUGCGCGCGAUGCCCGAGGGCUCGUACAUGAUCGCCCCGCAGAUUGAGGCAGUAGGCCUCCACGGCGACGUCGUGCAGGAGUUCCUCUUUCUCGCUUACGGCCAGAAGCACGCCGUGCAGGUGGUCCUGGCAGCCUCCAACAGCGUCUUGCAGAUCGGCAGUCCCCAGGCCGUGUGGGAGGUCAUCUUCGACGGCCACGUGGUCGCCAGGCACACCGGGGACGAGCGCGGCACGAACGCCGAGGUCGGGGGACGGUCGACCGGCGUGGGCCCCGUCGGUUGCAUAGUGCGCGGUCUAGGAAGAGCCCUUCGCUCCUUGCUCAGGGCCGCUUACGGCAGCACGGUGACGGUACAUCCGCACAGGGCCCCAGGAACCAUGAGGCACCAGGUGCGGUCGCCCCGAACCGUGCUGGAGCCCACCGCCUGA